AUGAGGCCUCAGAAUCCUCCCCCGGGCUGGCGCCCCUCUCCACCCGGCGCCGCUCCCCCGUACGGCCCGCCUCCGGGAACCGCUCCGCCAGCACGACCAGGUUUCCCCCCGGGCCAGCACCCCCCGCAGCAACCCGGAUUUCCGCGCGGACCCCCUAGUCUGGGCCAAGUUCCGCCUGGUGCGCCGGGAUCCGCGCAGCCGCCUGGCGCAAGGCCCGCCGGACCUCCGUUCCCUGGGGGACCGUUCGCCGGCCCUCCGCCGGGUUCACGGCCCGCAGGUCCGCCUCCCCCGGGGGUUGCGCCGCCCGGGGCGCGGGGCCCGCCAGCUGGAUUUGCGGGUCCGCCUGCGGGUUUCCAAGGGCCUCCCGCGGGUGGCCCGCCAGGAGGAGCAGCCCGUCCGCCUGGCCCCUUCGCGGGCCCCCCGGGGGGUGGACCGCGCCCUGGCGGUCCUCCGCCGGGUUCCGCUCCGCCAGGCGCCGCUCCCCCUGGCGCGCCCCGCCCCAGCGGUCCCCCUUCCGGAUACCCCGGUGCGCCGCAGCAGUACCCUGGCUACCCCCCGCAGCAGCAGGCCCCCCCGCCGCCGGCGCAAUCCCGCCCUCCGCCUACCGGACCCGCGCCGUACGGUCCGCCAUCGUACGGCGCUCCGCCGCAGCCGGCGCAGCCAGGCGCGCCCCUUAACGCGCCCGGAGGCCCUCCCCCGCCCUUCGGAGCGCCUCACCCUCCGCCUGGCGCUGCGCCGCCGUCAUGGGGGGGAGCCGCCACGCAAUCCGCUCCGCCAACCCAGCAGAUGAGCGCGCUAGCUAUGGGCAGCCCUCCGCCUACCAUCCCGGGGCAAUACGGUGGUCCGCCCGGGUCCACCCCAGGGCAAUACGCGCAGCAUACUCCGCCUCCGCCCGGAUCCGCGCCGGGGCAGUACGGGCAGCACGCGCCGCCUCCGCCGUUCUCCGCCGCUCCCCCGACAGGCCCUCCGCCUGGCGGAGCCAUGAUGCCCGGCGCGGGACCUCCGCCGCCCUUCGGCGCCCCCCCGACAGCUGGCGCGGCGCAGCGACGCGCGUAUCCCAUGCCCGCGGGAACGGUAAUCCCCUGGAAUGCAGCUGCCCUCCCCUGGGAUGGGCGCGCGCGGCAGCCCAUGGCGCCCUUCACGGGUCCCCGGGCAUGGGCGGGCAUGCGCCCCCCUCCCCCGGGAUGGGUGCGCGGCAGUCCAUGGCGCCCUUCACAGCCCAGGCGGCGGGGCAGCAGGGGUCCGCGCCCUAACCUCCCCCACCAACCCCUCUUCCUCCCUCACCUGCUCCAGCCCCCAGGCGUGGGCGCGCCCCCCCAGUCCCCGGGUAUGGGCGCGCAUCCACCCUCCCCCGGGAUGGGCGCGCGGCAGCCCAUGGCGCCCUUCACAGGGCAGGCGGCGGGGCAGCAGGGGUCGGCGCCCGGGUCUCGGAUCGACCCCAACCAGAUCCCCCGCCCUCCGCCCCCCUCGGACGCGUUUCUCUUUGAGACACGAGUGAACGGCACGGCUAACCUACCACCGGCCGCCACGUCAUCGUUUGUGGUCCGCGACACGGGUAACUGCAGCCCCCGGUUUAUCCGAGCGUCUUUGAACCAGAUACCUCUCUCUGCGGAUCUUCUCACCACCUCCGCCAUGCCUCUCAGCAUCAUGAUCCAGCCGUUCGCCCUGCAGGACCCGGCUGAUACCCCCGUGCAUGUGGUAGACUUUGGAGAGAUGGGGCCCGUCAGGUGCCACCGCUGCAAGGCGUACAUCAACCCGUUCAUGCGAUUCGUGGACCACGGGAGGAAGUUCAUCUGCAAUCUGUGUGGCGUCUCCAACGAGACUCCCCGUGAGUACGUGUGCAACCUCGGCCCGGAUGGCAGGCGACGAGACGCGGACGAGAGGCCAGAAUUGAUGCACGGGAGCGUGGAGUUUGUGGCUCCCAAGGAGUACUCGAUCCGCGAUGCCAUGCCCCCGGUUUACUUCUUCCUGCUCGAUGUUUCUUUCAACGCUGUGGCGUCCGGGGCUGCCUCGGCUGCGUGCUCCUCCAUCUCUCGCAUUCUGCAGGACCUGCCUGAGGGCGGUCGCACGCUCGUUGCCUUUGCCACCUUCAACUCCACCAUCCAAUUCUACAGCCUCAACAGCUCCCUGGCGCAGCCGUCCAUGCUGGUGGUGCCUGAAGUGGAAGACGUGUACACCCCCCUGCCCUCUGACCUCAUCGUUCCGCUUGACGAGGCGCGGGAGAGGCUGCAGCAGCUGCUGGAGUCGAUCCCCCAGAUGUUUGCAGAGACACGUGUGGCUGACUCAUGCCUGGGCGCAGCGCUGCAGGGUGCUUUCCUAGCCAUGAAGAAAACAGGAGGCCGGAUCCUAGCCUUCCAGUCAGUUCUUCCUUCUGUUGGCAUCGGAUCACUUUCCUCUCGGGAAGCAGAGGGACGAGCAAACGCCACCGUUGCAGAUAAAGACGUGCUGAAGCUGCUGCAGCCAAAUGACAAGCAGCUGAGGCCGAUGGCGGAAGAAAUGGCAGAUUUCCAAGUGGCGGUGGAUGUGUUUCUGACCACGCAGGGGUUCGCCGAUGCAGCUUCGAUUGCUGUCAUUCCCCGGAUCACAGGCGGACAGCUCUACAGCUACUACCCCUUCAGUGCCGCACAUGACGGGGGUAAACUCCAUAAUGACCUGCGCUGGGCUGUGAGACGGCCGCACACGUUCGAAGGGGUUAUGAAAGUGCGGUGCAGCCAGGGCCUGUCUGUGUCCGAUUACUUCGGCAACUUUCACCGCCGCAUCCCUGCCGAAAUAUAUCUGCCAGCGAUGGACAGUGACAAGGCCAUCAUGGCAACCGUCAAGCACGAUGAGAAACUCGCAGAGAACAGCGAAGCCUGCUUUCAGUGCGCCAUUCUCUACACCACCACCACGGGGGAGAGGCGUGUGCGAGUGCACACCCUCUCGCUGCCCACCACGGCCUCUCUGGCCUCUGUGUUCCGCGGGGCUGAUCUGGACGCGCAAUUCGCGUACAUGCUCAAGACAGCUGCUGCGGACGUGGUGACUCACCCUGUGCAACCAGUGCGGGACGCAGCAGUGCAGACGGCAGUGAGCAUUCUCUACACCUACCGCAAGUUCUGUGCCACUGCCUCAUCUUCUGGGCAACUUAUCUUGCCAGAAGCACUCAAGCUGCUGCCCUUGUACACCCUGGCCCUCCUCAAGUCGCAGGGUCUGAGGGGAGACGUGAAGGUGGACGAGCGGUCGGCCUGGCUGGCGAGAGUGCGCCCCCUCUCUGCGUCGCUCUCUGUGCCCUUGGUCUACCCGCGCCUCUUUGCCCUGCACCACCUGCUCAAGGACGCAGCGAAUCAGGAGCAGCAGAAGCAGCAGAACGGGACAGAAGAGGAGCAGCAGCAUGAGCACCUGCCGUCCGCGCUCCCCCUCUCCAGUGAAAAGCUCGAGCCGGAUGGAGUGUUUCUGGUGGAGAACGGGGAGGAGGCGGUGGUGUGGGUGGGCAGGGAGGCGGACAGCCAUCUGCUCUUUGACCUCUUUGGCCUGCGAUCCGUUGAUGAGAUUGCCCCCGGCCCGUUCCUGCUGCAAGAGUUUGACAACCCUGCAUCGCGCAAGCUCAACGCCAUUGUGAACGAGAUUCGUCGCCAGCGGUGCUCGUACCUCAGGCUUCGGCUUCUCAAGAGAGGUGAUCCAUCAGAGAAUCUUUUCUUUCAAACGCUGGUCGAGGACCGUUCGCCGUCGGGGAUGUCCUACGUGGAGUUUUUGGUGAUGUCCGCUACAAGGGUGGCGCUGGACGUGCUCGGGCCCCGUUAUAAUGCAACUUUUAAUGUCAUGCCAGUGGUGGAGGUGGUGCCGUGCAAUAGCGAGGAUGCAGCAGUGGCAGCAGAGCGUCUAGACCUGAUGAACGUGGUGGGGGUGGUGGGACCAGCGUGCUCCGAGGCAGUCAAGGGAGCCAACUCCGUGCUACAGCCUAAAGGGAUCCCCUACGUGUCCUUUGCUGCUACUGCUGAUGUGUUCAACACGCCAGAUUAUAACACGUUCUUCAGAACUGUCUUCGCUGACAAGCACCAGGCCAGGGAAAUCGCGGCGCUGAUCAGAUUCUUCCAGUUCAACGAAGUCCAUCUGUUCUACUCCAACGAGAUCUACGGCUCAGAUCUCGCCUCCAAGAUCCGUGCUGAGCUGGACGGCUCACUCAUCCCCGUCAGCACCAUCCCCGUCAGCUACCCCGUGGACGAGUUUGCGCCGCUCUUCGCUGACGUGGCGGUCGGGGAGAGGUCCAUCUGCGUGCUCGCCGCCCUGCCAGCUGUCGCGGAGGGGUUCUGGCGGGCGGCUGUGAGGGAGAACUUCACUACCUACCCCUGGUGGUACCUGGGGACUGACGGCGUGGCAGCUCUUGACUUCGUUGACCAGUCCGGGGAGAGGCUCGGAGGUAUGGCCAGGUCACUGCAAGGGGAGAUGGCUGUCGGUCCCAACAUGCCCUUUGAGAGUCCCAACUUGCGUCCAUUCACGAACCACUGGAAGAAGCAAGCUGCGGACGAUUACGUUGGGCUCAUCAAUGCGCCGACCACGCCAAAGUAUAACGAGACGCGCUUAUACGUGGCGCAUCUGAUCGACUCCAUCUGGGCCUUCUUCGAGGCAUUUCGGAACAUCAUAGCCGUCCAAAACCGGGUGGUAACCGCGCAAGCCGUUCUUGAGUGCUUCCGAAACCAGCCGGCCGGUUGCGGGCGGUUCGAGGGAGCAUCGGGAACAGUGGCGUUCAAUACAGUCACGGGGGAGAGGCUGAAGCUAGAUGGGAUGCCAGCUUACAGUCUUUACAACUUGAUUGGAAAGACGUGGAAGGAGAAACCCAAGUGGGUGUUGAACGGCUCAGAUGGCGUCAAGCUGAUGGAUCCAACGGACUAUGUCACUCGGCCAGGACCUCUGCCAGCUGGCUCGCUGUUGCCCUUGCAGCACCAGAUUGUGGCUCCGUAG